ACUUAUUACCAUUCUGCGUCACUUUCUCUCUCUCUCUCCUUCGUGUAUUUUGUGUUUUUUUUUUCCUAUUUUUUUUUUUGUUUUCUGCUUCGUGUUUCUCGCUGUGUGCGUCCCCAAUAUGACACCGUAAUGACCCUAUCUCGAACCCUAAUUCCAUAAUUGGACCCUCUCCCUCACUCAAUCGCUCUCGCCGGACACUCUUUUCAAUAAAGCACAUUUUCUGCUUCUGCGAUGGUUGUAAUUGUUCGUGUUUAUGACUAAAGGUAGUGAUUGCUAAGAAGAGUUCACACAGCUGGCAAAGACUCGAAGUUCAUCCCAAAAAGACAUCGGGUGGAGUGAGGGGCUCAUUCGGUAGUGGUAGUGAUUGCUAAUUCAUAGUUGGUAACAUUUCCUCUUAAAAUUUGUGUGCGGAGACGUAUAAAUAUGGAGCAGGAAGACAGCAAGGGAACUGAGAAUUCCCUUGAAGUGCCUUCAAAUCCUCAGUCAUCAGAAAAAGAUAGUCCUCCUGAAGGAUCCAAUAAAUCAGAGACUGACGGAUCCAAUAAACCAGAGACUGAAGGAUAUAAUAAACCAGAGACAGAAGGAUCUGGUAAGCUGGAGCCUGAUGGAUCUGGUCAACUGGUGACUGAGGGAUCUGGUCAACUGGUGACUGAGGGAUCCAGUCAACCAGAGCUGCAAGGAUCUAACGCACCAGAGCCGAAAGGAUCUAGUCAAGGAGAGUUGGGUAAGAAAAAAACUAAACGAGUGUUGAAGGUCAAAAGAAUCCGCAAGAAAUCAGCUAACACUGCUAAAGUAAAGGCAAAUGGAAAUAAGUCCUUGCAAAAUGAUGGCAAGAAUAAGACAGUUCCUGUUGAAGGAUCUGAUAAACCAAAUGCUGAAGGAUCUACUAAACUGGAGCUUGAUGGAGCCAGUCAGCAAGAUCCUCAAGGAUCUAGUCAGCAAGAUCCUCAAGGAUCUCGUCAGCAAGAUCCUCAAGGAUCUAUUCAACCAGAGCCAAGUGACAAGAAUACUCCACGAUCAUUGAAGGCCAAAGCUAAAAUUGUUAAGAAAUCUAAAAAUGUUAAGGAAAACGGUUUACAACAGAUUCAUGGUAAAGAUAGAAAGUGGAAGAAGAACAAGAAGGUAGUUGGAAAGACCGAUGAGCAACCUAAAGGGAAGAAUUUGGAGGUUGAAAAGAGUGAAGAGAAAGAAAGUCCAAAUAAGAGGACUAGUGACAAAGGUCCUAUUGAGAAGAAGCAUGAAGCUGAAAGAAGUAAGAUCGUUGAGUCAAAUAAGAGUGAGCCAAAACAGAAUAAUAAAGAGAAGCAUAGAGGGCCAGACAAGGGUUCUAAGAGUAGAGCAAAUAAAGAUAAGCAUGGUGGCAUGGAAAAUACCAGAUCAAGUGAGAAGAAAAGAGAAAAACUUGGUGGUGUCAUCUUCAUGUGCAGUGGAAAGACAAAACCUGAUUGUUUCCGAUAUUCUGUAAUGGGUGUCCCAGCUGGCAAAAAGGAUGUUGUUUUAGGAGUCAAGCCUGGGAUGAAGCUUUUUCUUUAUGAUUUUGAUCUGAAGCUGCUGUAUGGGAUUUACAAGGCUUCAUCUUCUGGUGGUAUGAAACUUGAACCCCGAGCUUUCGGUGGUAACUUUCCUGCUCAGGUGCGAUUCACCGUUUCUCGUGAUUGUUUCCCGCUACCGGAGAACAUUUUCAGAAAGGCUAUCAAGGAAAAUUACAAUGAAAAGAACAAGUUCAAAACCGAGCUUACUAUCAGACAAAUGAUCGCGAUGUUGGUAGGGUGUACCAUCGGCACAGGGAAAGUGCUGCUGGGGAUCCGUAUACCAUUAGUAAUAUGAACAGAUACAAUGUGCUGCCUCAUGAGAGGGAUUCUCGAGUUGAACGCCGAGAGGAAAUUCCACGCGAUCUCUUUCUUACAGAGAAGAGUUAUCGAGCAUAUGGUCUCCAAGGAGAUGUAAGGUCUGUGGCCUCAGCUUCCCUUGUUAACCCUAUACUGGAACCUCCUUACAAGAGAGAUUAUGAGAGGGACCAUCUUCACCCGGAUCCUAUCUACAUUGAAAACGUCCCUUCACGCGUAGAAGAUCCUUAUUUUCGCAGUGCAAUUUCUGAUCGUAAAGAGGAUCCUUAUUAUGCCUAUCGCUAUGGUGGUUCACCAAGAGAUCCAUAUUUGCCACCUUUAGGUAGGGAAGACAUCCCUAGAAGCUCUUAUGUGGUUGGGGGACGGACUUUGAUUGGGACUGGGACUGAUGACUUGCAGAGGAGGGAGACAGUCCAUGAUAGGCAUUACUCAACAUAUUCUGCCGCCGAUGCCUUGUCUGAAUAUGACCGGAUGCAGCAAUACCGCCGAGAGAAUUUGGAAUCCGCAUCUGUGCCAGUUUCAUCUCGUUAUUCUUUUGCUGGCACUUCAUAUUCACUCCGCUGAAGUCAACAAUGUCUCAUGUUACUCUUAAGAUUAUCUUCCAACCUGGUGCCUCACAUUUAAUAACUUGUAUGGAUGGUACUUGCUUUUCUUUGGAACUUCUGCAGAAAAGCAUUCUACAUUCUGUAUGGGAUUUGAAAGCUGUAAAAUGAACAAAUUGAAAUUGUGAUUUGUGAUGACAAUUCAAGGAGCAGGCACCAUUAGCUGUUGUUUUAAUAAUUUGUUGUUCAUUUCUAAUUUUAGUAUGCUGGUACAAUGGUUUGUUUAUUAUCA